AGGGAGUGAGAGUUAAUCAGCUUGGUCAUUUUCAUACUGUCCCUGCAGGUGUGUCCACAGUGAGGUGGGUGACUGUACAGAGUGGAGGAUCUGUCACCAUCCUGUGUUCCUAUGACAACAAAUAUAAACAGCAGGUGAAAUACUGGUGCAAAGGGAGUGACUGGAGUUCAUGUUCUCCCAUAGUACACACAGAUCACCCAAAGAAAAGUGGUGAAGUGUCAAUCAGUGAUGAUCCCACAAAGCCAGUCUUCACUGUGACCAUCAACAAUAUAACAGAUGGGGACUCUGGUUCCUACUGGUGUGGUGUGGAGAUCGGCAGAGGUUCAGCUGUGGGAACACCGGUCUCCCUUUCAGUCACUGAGGGUGUGUCCACACUGAACACGGUGUCUGUACAGAGUGGAGGAUCUGUCACCAUCCCAUGUUUCUAUGACAACAUAUAUGAAGAACAUGAGAAAUACUGGUGCAGAGGGAGUGACUGGAGUUCAUGUACUCCCAUAGUACACACUGACUCUACAAAUAUAACUGGUGAAGUGUCAAUCAGAGAUUAUCCUGACCAGCAAGUCUUCAAUGUAACCAUGAACAAUCUGACAGCUGGGAACUCUGGUUACUACUGGUGUGGUGUGGAGAUCAGCAGAGGUUCAGCUGUGGGAACACGGGUUUACCUGUCAGUCACUGAGGGUAAGAUGUCUGUACUGCAGACUGUAGCCAAUGAGAUGCACAGUAUGUAACAUGUCAUUCAGUCAGAAAGGAAGGACAUUAACACAGAAACAGGAAAAAAUGUUUUCAGUAUCAGUAUUUUACUUUAUUUACUGUCAGUUACUGGUGUUUGAUGCUAUAAUUUCAAGUGUCUGUUUGAAUGUACAGAAAGAUUAAGCAUUACCUCUAAGGGAGACAUCCCAUAAUACAGCCUGAUGACCUCAUCAGA